AUGCACUACUCGGCAAUUGCCAAAGUUAUCAUGGCCACUGCCGUCCUAAACGGCCUUGCCCUAGCCGGCCCAGCCGCAUACGGCGUCUGCCAGGCAGGUUGCUGUGCAGUUGUCAUGGCGUGCUAUACCGCUGCAGGGGCUACUUGGGGAGCCACGGCGGGAGCAACGGCACCUGCCACAGUCGUUGCAUGCAACACGGCCUUUGGAAGUUGCCAGGCGGCCUGUCAUGCCGCUCUUUUGAUGCCUGUCCCAUAA